AUGGGUUCUGUAAAGUCGAGCAGAGGAUACAAAAUAUCAGGUUUUUUCCAUGCUUGUCUCAAGAAUAGGAUUACCCAGAAUCACAUUAACAGGCUGACCACUACUAGUGGAGAUGUGGUAUCCACUGACAGGGCAAUUAAAGAAAAUGUCAUUGGAUUUUACAAGAGACUGCUAGGCACUUGUGCUACACAACUACCUACAAUUACACCUAGUGUGCUAGCUGCUGGCCCCAUUCUGAAUAGAGAACAACAAUUGUCCCUUAUAGCUCCAGUCAUAAGAGAAGAAGUCUACUUAGCUUUAGAGGAUAUAUCUGAUCUAAAGUUCCCAGGAUGUGAUGGUUUUAAUGCCUGCUUCUUUAAGAAAGCAAGUCCUAUUAUUGGUGAGGAUGUUUCUGAUGCUGUUAUUAGAAAGAGGAUGCAGAAUGUCAUGGAUUACCUAGUGGAUAGUAGCCAGGAUGCCUUUGUUCCUAUGAGGGUUAUAACUGAUAACAUCUUAUUGAGACAUAAACUGGUAAGGGGCUAUGGGAGGAAGGGUAUUUCUCCAAGAUGUAUGAUUAAAUUUGACAUGCAAAAAGCAUAUGAUUAUGUGGAGUGGACAUUUAUUGAGCAAGUGUUGAUUGGUCUGAACUUCCCUAGUGUAUUUGUGGAUUGA